UCCUUGCACCACAACCACGCGGUAAUAAGCAGGGGAUUUUUCCCUUGAGAAAGAAAAGAUUGGCUAAAUUUGGAUUUCACAGGCCCUGUCCAAACUACUGUCAAAUCUCAGUGCAACACCCAAGCCACGAUUUGUCUUGACCUUUUUUUCCCUGCAAUUAAUGCCAAUAAGUUUAACUUUUUUUCACCAGUGCCAGCAAGAGCUGAAAGGAUUUCACAGCCGCUUCCUUGAGCAGCGUGACUUUUUUUUAUAAUUCAUUCUGACAAAAACAUCCUUUUAUUUUGUCAGAGGUUUCUUUUGUGCUUUUCCCCAAAGAGAGAAGGUCACUACGGUUCCAAAUUAGUCCAUGUGACGAUCAAGCCCUCUCCACGGGUGCUAGUGGCGAGUGGUGAAACCGUCAGAGUGUGACAGUCACUGCUGUGGUGGUGACAAAGUCAGGAGGAACCGAGACCUGUUCUAGCUCUGCCAUGGAUUCACGCCUCUCUAACCACACAGCCCUGUUUAUCUGACUGCAUGCACACAGCAAAACCUCGCUGUCUCUCAGGAAUGCCAUGGUCUGGUUUGCCAGUUCUCAGAGAGCACCUAGAGGCAAGAUGAUGAAAAAUGACAAAUUAGUGACAUAAAGCUUUGGCCAAACUGUGACCGGGUGCAAGAGAGCCCAGCAGUUAAACACUGCAGAGCUCCUGAGCACAGACACCUGUCAGGCAGCAAGGGGAGGUGAAGAGAUUUGGAGAGAUGUAAUUUCCUUUUAGGAAACUGAAAUGUUCUAGAGGAAAGAUGUAACUGAUCUUAUUUCAACAGGAGAUGUGUGAGCGCUACGUUGUGCUGGCCUCCUUACACUUGCUGAUUCUUUCCGUGGAUCACACAAAGAAGACAUUUGUUUACGAGGGGCUCCUUCCUCUUGCUGGGAUGCACCUGAGGCAGAUAGUGAGUGCCAUCAGCUACACGUUUGAGAUUUCUGGGUCCAUGAUUGAAUCCCGGCUCAUUUGCUGCCAGAAUUCAGCUGAUUUUGACAUGUGGAUUCGACACCUCCAGCACCAAAUCAAGAUGGCAAAUGCCAACUGCCCCAUCAGUCCCAUCAAUAACAUCUCUUUCCUGGUGCCAUGUGAUGAACAGUGGAAGAAAAAGGAGCUGAUGAGACAUCUCUUGUGCAACACCAUUCUGAAGUGGGAAGGAAAACCAAUCCAGCAUCUGGGAAGGAUCCAGUAUUUGACCAUGGUGCAAGUGGCUACUGGCUGCACAGGGGACUCUAAGGAAAGACUGCUGCUCCUAUUUCCAGAAGACCUGCUUUUCCUCUCUGUGGAUAAGGAGAGAACUGCAAUCACAUACGAGGGAAAACUCCCCCUGACUGGAAUCCAGGCAAAGGAGAAAUCCACUGUGCUGGGGAGGUUACAGUUUGAAAUUACAGGAAGCCUGACUGAACCAAUCCUUAUCACCUGUUCCACAGCAGAGGAUUAUGAAAAAUUCCUCUUCCACCUACAGAAGCCGGAGAAAAACCUUGAUUCUCUGUCACUCCAGCCACCACCAAGCAUCCCUAAGAAAUCCUGGCAGCAUCACUAGGACAUCAGCAUGCACUGACAGGAAGAAGGUAUGUUGAAUAUGAUCCCAACAGAAAGUGAAGAAGCUGCAUGAAUGAGUAAGAAUGGAUUGGAAACUGGAAACCAAGCUUCUUUCAGACCGAGAGGUGAAUAAGGAUCUGCACAUGAAUUACUCUGCACUGGCUGCUGUUUUGAAUGGACCAUUGCAAUCUAUGUGGGUCCCUGUGACUCUGACCUCAGCUGUACAUCUGCCUUACAGAGAAAUCUUUCUCAAUUUGCUUCCUAUAUUUAUUGCUUGAUUCUUCUUGGGAAAAAGAAACACUGUAAAAUACUGUGUAAAUACUACAAAUAAAACCCAUAAUCCUGAGCCUGAACUGUGCGUAGAAAGAAGCAGUCAUGUUUAAAAAAAACUUUCCAUCCUCAUUUAGGUAGCCAUUGGUUUGGAAAGCCAUUGCCUUCCUU